CAGUCCGCCAAAUUCGUGAAAAUGGCAGUGAUCUUGUACUUUUUCAUCGGUAUUUUAAGUAUUAUUGUAUUAUUACUCUUUGACUACGUAAAAAACAUUCAAUUUUAUAGACAUGCUGCCAAAAUCCCGGGGCCAAAGGCUUACCCUAUUGUAGGAAAUGGUCUUAGUUUUAUUGGAAAGGAUACCUCUGCUGCUUACUAUGCAGCAUUGGAUAUUAUUGAACGAUAUGCUUCGCCAAGUCGAGUGUGGUUUGGCAAUCAACUUUUUGUUUCAAUUUCCGAACCUGAUCAACUGAAAACUAUAUUAACAAGUCCAAAAAGCAUGGAGAAACCUGUUGUAUACGAAUUCGCUCGGCCCUGGUUCGGCAAUUCAUUGAUUCUUGCUCCAGCUCCAAUAUGGCGUGCUCACCGGAAAUUGAUUCUACCUGCUUUUAAUCCUCAAACGCUACGAACAUUUUUGCAUAUUUUCGAUAAACAUGCAAAGUCGAUGACAGAGAAAAUGGAAAAAGAACUUGGUGAAGGUGAAUUUAAAAUUCACACCUAUAUGGUAUCUUAUUCCUUAGAUGUUGCUUUGGAAGGUGCUAUGGGUAUUUCCGAAUCUUCCGACUCAAAAAUGUACACACAUUAUAGUGAAUGUGUAAACAGAGCCUUCGAACUGAUGAUGAAGAGAGCUUACAGACCUUGGCUACAUCCAGAUAUAAUUUUCAAUUUAACAAAAAUGUCAAAGGAUUUCUACAAUUGCAUUAACUGGAUGCACAGUACAGCACAUUCUAUAAUUGAAAAGAAAAAAAUUAAUUUGGAAAAACCUAAUCGAGUCGAAAAGGCAACAGAUGAGUUUUCAGGUGAAAUUUCGAAUCAAAGAAAAGGAUUUUUGGAUUUACUCUUAGACCUAAAAGACAAACAGAAGUUCUCUGAACAAGACAUUUGUGAUGAAGUAAACUCAAUGAUAGUGGCGGCGUAUGACACUGUGGCAGUUACUCUUCAGUAUUUAAUGUUGGCAUUGGCAUCCUAUCCUGAUGUUCAGGAAAAAUCAUAUCAGGAGUUGAAGGACAUUUACGGUGAGGUAAUUCCAGAAAAAUUUUCUAUUACGAUUGAAGACUUAAAACAAAUGAAGUAUACAGAAAGAGUGAUUCAAGAAUCAAUGAGGCUGCUUCCCGCCGCACCAUUACUUUUAAGAAAAGUAGAAGAAGAACUUGAAAUUGGAGGCUACACAUUGCCGAAAGGUACCAAGGCUAGCUGCUGUAUAGGAAGAAUCCAUCGCGAUGAAAAAUACUGGCCUGAUCCGCUCAAAUUUGAUCCUGAUAGGUUUCUUCCUGAAGAAGUCGCGAAACGGAAUCCAUACUGUUAUUUGCCCUUUAGUGGUGGAACAAGAAACUGCAUAGGUUCUGCAUAUGGAAUGAUGGAGAUGAAGACAGCUGUAGCUAGAAUUCUUCUGAAAUAUAUUAUAAAAAAGAAACACAUUCAACCCAUCGCAAACAUUAAACAGAGGGUGGAAGUUAUUGCUCAUCCUGUUGAACCAAUUACGAUAGAAAUUGUGGAAAGAAUACCAAACGCACAUAAUGGUGAAUUUUCCGACGACAGUUCGAACCAAAGAAAACUAUUUUUAGAUAUACUUUUAGACUUACAAGAAAAACAGAAAAUAUCUGAUCAAGACAUUUGUGAUGAAGUAAACUUAAUGAUUGUAGCGGCUUAUGACACCGUGGCGGUUACUCUUCAGUAUAUAAUGUUGGUCUUGUCUUCCUAUCCUGAUGUGCAGGAAAAAUUAUAUCAGGAGUUGAAUCAAAUUUACGGUGACGUAAUUCUGGAAAAUAUUUCUGUUACGAGUGAAGACUUAAAACAAAUGAAAUAUACAGAAAGAGUGAUUCAAGAAUCAAUGAGACUGUUUCCCACCGCACCACUUGUUUUCCGGAAAGUAGAAGAAGAUAUUGAAAUAGAUCCUUCUUUUUCAGGAGGCUGUACAUUACCAAAAGGGAGCACGGCUUUCUGCUUUAUAUCAAAGGUUCAUCGCGACGAAAAAUACUGGCCUGAUCCACUAAAAUUUGAUCCUGAUAGAUUUCUUCCUGAAGAAGUCGCGAAACGGAAUCCAAACUGUUAUAUGCCCUUUAGUAGUGGGCCAAGAAACUGUAUAGGUUCUGUAUAUGCAAUGAUGAUGAUGAAGACAGUUCUAACGAGAAUUCUUCUUAAAUACAUUGUGAAGAAACAAUACAUACAACCCAUCAUAAACCUUAAACAAAGAGUGGAUGUCUUAUCUCAUCCCGUUGAUCCAAUUAUGAUACAAAUUGUGAAAAGGAUACCAAACACAUCUAAUAGUUAA